AUGAAAAUAUUGGAUGUGGCAGCUAAUCGCCCAGCACAGUAUUUAAAAAAGAAGUUUCCAUUAACUAAAGCACAAAUCAAACAUUUAGAGUACAAACAAUUAGGAUCUAUAUUUGAAGUUAAAAAUAAUUCUAAAAACACAAUAUAUAAUGUUGAUUUAGAUCUUGGUAUAUGUUCUUGUCAACAAGGAGAUACAGGGAAACCGUGUAAACACCAAAUGUUUGUAGCAACAGAUCUUAAGAUUGAUCUUUCACUUUGUUUGCCAACCACUGAAAAUGUAAGAAAAAAAUUACAUACAAUUGCUACAGGUAGUACAGAAAUUGAUCCUGGGUGGUACGGAGCACAUAAAAAAAUAAACACUAGUAAUAUUAUGGAAAAAAGUACAAAAACCACAGAUGAACAAGUAUUAUCAAAUAAAUUAGAAAAAACAACAGAUAAUUACUUAACUAAAGAAGGUAGUGAAAUGGUUGAAGUCGCGGGUGAAGUAGAUCAAUUAAAUAGUAAUAUAAACACAGAAGAUGAAUCUCCAAAUGAAAAAAAUAAUGGACUUGAAGUAUUUGAUACAGUUGUUAAAAAAGUAAGGGAAGCAAUAGAGUCAGACCCAAACUACUUUUUACCAGGGAUUAAAGCUAUUAAUUAUUCUUUCAAGAAAAAUAUAAAAACACACGCAGGGCUUCUUUCAGCAAUGAUGACCUUUGGAAAGUAUUCAGGUAUUGAUCCCAGUUCUAAGCGAAUUAAGCUGGUUGGAAAUAAACGGAUUGGGACUCAACCAACUGCCAGGCCUAGGAGAAAAACAGAAAUAGGUGGUAGAAAAAAUUUAACAGCUGGGAGAGUACCCAAAUGGAAACGUGCACCUGAACAUAGUUAUGGACAAGAACCAAAAUCUAGCUGUUUACCUAAGAAACGAAAAUUGUUUAAUCCUGAUGUGAUUCCAACAAAACAAUAUCAAAAUCCUCAUAGUUUAGCACAUUGCACAUUACAAAAUAAAACUUUAGGAACAACUCACUGUAAAAAGUAA